CCUAUGACAGGGCGGGCUCCUUUAAAACAAACAUACACUCCGGCCAGAGCUGUGAAAUGUGAGCUCCGUGUACACAGCUCCCCGUCUACGUGUCAUUGUGGCCUGUACUCCGAGAACGGACACACCGCGUCACCGGGAGAUCCUACACUCCUCCCCGCUCUGUGUGCACCGUGCAAGGAGCGGUCCCGCUAGACGCAGUGGUUUAUGGAUCCUUCCUUUAUAUAACCUGCACUGAGAAAAGCAACACAAUUUAGAGAAGAGAAAUGGGCAAGAAAGAUGCUUCAGCUACAAAAACACCAGUCGAUCAAUAUCGUAAACAGAUAGGAAGACAAGACUACAAGAAAAACAAGCCUGUAUUAAAAGCAACAAGACUAAAAGCAGAAGCCAAGAAAACAGCAAUUGGGAUUAAGGAGGUGUUCCUUGUGGUUGUAGCCAUUCUGGUCUUACUUUUGGCCUUUUAUGCCUUUUUCUACCUUAAAUUAACUCACCCUAUGGAACCCAGAGAAGACUCUGAAGACUAAAGACUGCCGGAGCUAUGAAGAAAAACUAUUUUGUCAUGGAGGACUCAGACAAUGUGAAUUCAUACAGUGUACAGUAAAGAUUUCCUGUAACUACACAUUCCAGUACUAUUAAAUGCUGAAAACAUUCCUUAUUAAUUCAUAAAGAACAAAAUGCACACUACUUAAAAUUGAGCUACUGUCUAAUUUCACCUUCCCAUUGACAAACAAUUUCUAAAAAGCCAAAACUUCAGCAACAUUUUAUUUUUGGAUACAUUCUGUUGCACAAAAGCUAAUCUACAUAAGCUUUGGUCCAAUAACCCAAUGGGUCUGUUUGCCACACAUCAGUAACAGAGUUCAGUGUAAUCGUUAUGUACAAAUUGUAGAAACUCUUAACCAAUCAGACUUUGCUUUUUGAUCUGAACAUUUUAAAGCGAACCGAUAGCAGGUACCUCAAGUAACUUAGAUUUUGCCACCAAUUUGUCUUAAAACCUUUUACUGGGUAUGGGGCACACAUGACACUCUUAACUUUCCAAGGUUAAAUAUAUAGGAGGCCAGUCAUCGGGCUCAAAUAUUGUCACAGGUUGGGAAUAACUAUGCGUAGCAAUGAGCAAGUUUGGACUAGGAAUGCGCAAGUCAUUUCAGCUAUCUUAAUUUUGUGGCAAAAUUAGCAGUUAUGCAUUUGUUGAAAUGUAGUCGAAAAAUUGCCCACAAGUUCAUCAUGCAGCAAAAGUCCUUUUUUUAAACCUGUGACUUUUUUGGUCGUCAAAACAACUUCACGCCCUGUUGCUCUAUGACCUUUAUUUGUCAACAUCAAGUCACCAUUUCUGUGUUUUAAUUUUUUUGCGUGUAUUUUAUUGUUUGAAAUUUUUUUUUUACAAGGGUAGGAAAAAAAUAAAAAUAAAUUCUUGUGUACUGGUUCUUUAAAAAAAAAUCAGUUUACCAUUUUAAAACUACAACAAAAUACACAAAAAGCAAAAACAUUUGCAAAAAAAAAACUGGAGCAAUUUAACGUUUAAUACAGAUUUAAAAAGACACAUUUACCCACUAUAACUUCACCUUCCCAUUGACAAUAAAACAUUUCUAAAAUGCCAAAACUUCAGCAAAGCAAAAACUGUAAUUUUUGCUCAACCCUAGUUUUUGCUUUGUAAAUGGAAUUUUCAAUGGCAGUGUAGUGUGAUGGGGUAGUGUGGAAAAGAUUAGUAUAGAAUUCUACUGCACUGCUGAUGUGAUAAAGACACCCCCCUAUCUCCGACUUGGGAUAUCUAUGAUUAAAAGAUGCAUGGGCAGCAUACCAAUUUUUAGGAAAAUGUGUCCAAUCACUAUUGUUUUCCCUUUAAUACUCUAGCAUUGCAGGUGUGUGGAGCACAUACCUCCCUAUUACUGCACUAUAGAAGGAUAACUGGCCAGGAAAGAGAAUUGCUAAUGAGGACAGUUGUAUCAUGCCUGCAUAUCCAAAAGCACUCUGCUGAAAAUGAGCAUCUUAUGGCCGCCUUGUCUGCUGCAUAUUUUCAGUUAAGUUGAGGAACAAUCAUCCAGUUUGCAUAGUGGCAUAUCAAAUCUUGCAGGGUGAUAGUACAUAAUCUAGGUAGACCAUAUUUGGCGAUUUUGCUCACUGACCUUUUAAGAUUGACAUUUUCCAUAGAGUAGUUAAUGCAAACUUUCUAAAAUGGGAAUUUGAGGACUUCCAAAGACUUUUUUUCGUUUUCAUUCUCGGCCUAACCCUCAGCUGGGCACUACUACGUUCCCAUAUUGUUAAAGAAUGGUACCAUUUUUAUAGAGAGCCUAAAUAGAAGAGGCUAGGUUACACUGCAUUUGUCACAACAACUUUGUGCUGUGAUCUUCAUUGGAAUCAUAUCAAAAUGGUUUCUGUCACCAGAAUUUGUACACUUUGUGAUCUGAGCCAAAAGUGAACUCACCCAAAUUUUACAAUGGUAAUCCUAAUGAUUACACAUUGUUACCAGGACCUGUACAAGCAAUUGGGGGGCUCAUAUUUAAACAUUCAAUUUUGUACUUAAAAAAAAAGCUGUAUGGGUUCCUCCACCCUCUUCUACCUAGAAUUUUCUCCAUAGAGAUCACAGAUGCAGUGCUGCCCCCAUUCCCACCCCAUGCUCACACAUUACCCACUGAGCUGUUCAGUAUUUAAACAUUCGUCGAUCGGACACCUGUGCUGUAGCACUCAACCUGCAGCAAAUUCUAUAAAGACGAAUAAAAAGAUACAUUUUUGUGCUUGUUUUAUUAGUCAAUUUUGGUUUGUCUGAAGCUCUACUUUAAGCUUUUCUCUGGUCUGAUUUUCCUAUUUUCCUACAUGAACUUGUUAAUUAUAAAGUACAAAACAGAUGUCUUUUGGGAGAGAUUAUUUUUCAAGUUUUGAUUUUUCUGGAUGUGUGCCUAAUAUGUUGAUUUGGAAACUUUGUGAUGCCAUGUUUUUAAUUAAAAGCAUUUUCAAUGACAGAUUCUAUAGACAUGAUCUUUUUAAACUAUGUGGUGUUGUUUUCUAUUCAGUACAUAUUAAACAAUUUUGCAGUCUU